GCUGUUUUCUUGACGUUUUAUGCACGAACCAGACUCGUGAUAUAAAAUAGGAUUUUUUGGACGUAGCACUGUUUCCCUCUAAUUGUUUCUGGGACGUUUAGUACAAGUGUGAUGGCGUUCAAAGAAACAACACCUGUAGGACAAGGGAUCUCAAUAUCUAAUUAUUGACAGAGCCGACCCUCUGAUCCUAGGAUUGUUGUUGUUUACAUACUCUGGCAGUUUAUUGAUGUAAAUACAAGCUUGUAUGGCCAGUACAGGAUGUUUCCCUGGCUCUAGUCUUCUAUUCUACAGAACAUUACCAUUACUACCAACUUUGGAUAAAGAGUCAGGACUUGAUUAACCAUUCUUCAUGGCAUUUUCCGAGAUAGAUUCUCCAGUUUAUGGAGGUGGAACAAUACAGCUGGACUUAACUGGACAUCAACAGCUGAUUGACCAACUGAAUGUCCAUCUGUUUCUGGUAUUUGAGGGAGAACUACAGAGGCACCUCACAGUGCUGAAACAUUACAAAGACAAUCACUACUUCUCUAUCAUACCAGCACAUCACCGAGAAGAAUCCGUUCAGUUGAGCAUCCUCUGUUUCCAUGGCAACGAGUGUAGCAUUUUGGGUGGCUCCCCUUUUAGAUUUUACUAUGACAGUGCUUUCUAUAUGGCCCAGUUCCUGGUGGAGAGUGUAUACAAUGUCACUGCAUUAGACGACCUUGAACUCAUCCGAUCCGACUACUUUGAUCUAUCAAACGAGAUUCUGGACACAUUGGAUGAUCGGCUCCAGAAAGCAUUAAAUUUCCUGGACAUACCGGACUGGUGGCAUUUACUAGGCUCUACCUCACCACUGGAGAAUCCAGAUAACCAAACAAGGGAGACUUUGUUACAUUUCACAGCCCGAUUAGGGUUGAACAAAGUCACACUCCUUCUUCUCAACAAACCAGGAAGUAAACAGUGCCUGUCUAUACCUAAUCGUCAUGGAAACCUUCCCAGAGAUGUCGCUGCAGAACAGGGCUACACCAACCUCUGUGAAAUAUUGACGGAGUACAAUUCUCACUUUGUAAAAGUAGAGAACAAACCAAUACCAACAGAUGAGGGCAUCAUCAGCUACUAUGACAACCGGGAAGUUUCCUUGAGCACAUACCUGCAGAGAUCUAUAGUCGAAGAAGCUCAGAUCCUCCAGAAGUUAGUGCAAACCUUCGAAAAAUCUGGAAGUCCAUCUUAUGUGCGACAGUCAGAAACGGCUUGGCCUGAAACUGAAGAAAUGGAUACAGAUAAACAGGGAACAUUUGAGGAUCAAACUGACAGUAAACUGAGAGCCAUUAUUCUGAAAUCCAAAGAUCUCCAAGUUGUCAUGGAGGCUCUCAGUAGCAACGAUAUUAACAGUGAUAAUACAAUUGACCUUGACUCUCCUGCAAGGUCAUUGGAGGAUCUCUCUGACACCCCGUCCGACAGGGAUACAGAACUUCAAGAUGGCUCCCAAGGUUAUGAAGGCAGCCUGUUAGGCCUCCAUGGAUUUAACACGCAACUACUUCAACAGAGGGACUCCAACAGAAACGAGUUAAUUGCACAGGAUGUUCACAGAAAAGACAACUUGUCAAGAUUUAGUUCAUCCUGUCCGUCACUAGAAGUAGAGGGACAAAGCCUUCUACCGCCUGACAUAGAUGAAGAUCACCACAAUUCUAUGCUUAACUUGUCAAAGGAUGAGGAGCAUGCAGGCCCGUCCCCACAGUUGGCCCGGGAGUCGCCCUCCGAUAGCGAGGAGACCACAGACAGCCCAUACCUCACAGACCCCUCACAGGACACAGGCGUCCAGAUCUGCAUAAACGGUGUCACUGUCGACCACUCCAACGAUUUCACACUUGACGGCAGCUUGAACCGUUUUUUGCGAGAUUUUUACGGCGGCAACACUCCUGGAGUUCGCAGAAGAAGUUGGGGUGGCAACUUUUUGGAGGGCCAGAAACUCCAGGUCCGCCAUGCCAGACAUGAAGGGUCACUUAGGGCAAAAAGCAUGAGCCUCAACAGUCUGGAUGGUGAAGAAGAUACAGAAGAUGAUGAGUAUGUGGAUGCUACUGAGCCGCCUACCCCACACGUGUCCCAGAGAGGUCUGGAGACAGGGCUAGACCACCCUGGAAUAACCCCCACACACAUGGACGCUCUAAGCAUUUCGCCGGGGGUAUCACCUUGCUCAAGUCCUAAUAAUCAGGACAUGCCUGAUGCCAGCAUGUUUAACUCACCAGAUGUAGGUGAAACACUGGUCAGGACCUUGUACGGUCUAAAACAGGAACUCAUCUCACCCAGAGAUAGAAAGUCUCACCAACUCCAACACGAGUUAGGGGGACAGAGUGGUGAAUCCGCAGAUGAAGAUUCCAGAAUUCUUACAGUUCCACAUUCCAAUAUAACCAAAUCCUUGUCCACACCCUCCAUACCCGCAGCCGUAUCACCAGGUGAAAGAAAAGUACACAAAGACCCCAAACAAAAUGAUGUACCAACUUACCUCCUCAUACAAAAACUCAUUGAGGAACAUGACGCACAAUUUCGUCGUCAAGAUGAAAUAGAGGAAGAUGAUGAUGAGAAUACAAAUCGCCUUCUUGGACAGAGCGACAGCCGGAGGCGGUCUCAGGUGUCCCUCAUUGACUUCCUGGCUGAUCCUUCAAAUCUGGAGGAUCCAUCGAAGUCCAGGAAAGAAGAAAAGAAACGAAAGCCAAGUGUCUUCUCUCGACUUCAAAACAGUUACAGGACGAAAAAGCACAAAGAUAAGGAAAACAAAGGAAAGUCUACCCACCAAUUUGUGUCAGUGUCCUUCAGUAAUUCCACCGCCUGUCAUGUGUGUCGAAAAUCAAUGGCCAACAAACCUGCAGUUCGCUGUGAAAAUUGCCUUGUAAAUGUACAUGAGAACUCCUGCAAGGAGCAGAUAACUCCAUGUGAUAAGAGCCGAAUCCCGAAGGUGCCGCCCCAGCUGACUCGGGAGUCUGCCGUACAGAUGACCAACGUGACCCUGAGAGAGAAACAAUCGUCCUCCUUGCCAACCUCAGUGGCAGGUUUACGCCAAAGUCAUUCCUUUAAGGAAAAGCGUUCAUCAUCAGGGCCUGCGGGUCGUAGUCAGGUAACAUCGGCGCCUCUGAGCGUCUCCACGGUUACUCCUCAGCCACACCCAUCUCUGUCUUCUAUACCUGAUACUGAGUCUGUCACACAGACCUCAGCGGCUCAGUUACAGCAGCACAGGAGAAGUUUACCUACAACCAGCCUUCUGUCUCUGUCUGAUCCUCCCAUCACCCAAGGUCGGUCAGGAUAUUGGAAAAAGGCACGCGAGCUGCUAAUUGGUAUAGACAAGCCUAUCAGUGAAGAUGUCGACCCUUUCCUCUCUGGACAGGAGUCCGGGUCAAAUAUUACAGACACAAUAUCCGAGUCCCUUGAAUCUUUGGACGAGACGGAUGCACCUUCUGAAGUUAACGAUAAUUACGACGACGAGCUUUUGAUGCUCCGAGAUGAUGAGGCAGAGACGUGGAGUGGCUCAAUUGAUAGAAAAGUGAUCAAGAAAAUGAGUCACAAAGAUAUUAAACGACAAGAUACAAUAUGGGAAUUAAUACAAACAGAACGACACCACUGCAGACGGUUAAAGAUCCUCCAGCGGAUCUACAGCCACACUAUAUUGGAAGAGCUACACAUGCCACAGGAAGUGGUGGACCGCCUCUUUCCCAAACUCGAUGAUCUCAUAGAUAUUCACAUGACAUUCCUUCACCGCCUGCAGGACCUCCAGAAUCUCCGACCAGACCACAGUGUCGACCAGAUCGGGGAAACCAUCGUUGAUCAGUUUGAUGGAGAAAAUGCUGAGCAGAUGAAGGCAGCCUACGGAGGGUUCUGCUGUAGACAGAAGAGCUCGAAUCUAUAUUAUAAAGAUCUCCUCACAAAGGAUCGAAAAUUUCAAAGUUAUAUGAAGAAGUGCAAUAAUCAUACGUUAUGUAAUAAGAGAGAAAUACCGGACUUUCUCCUGGCUGUGACACAAAGACCCUCCAAAUAUCUCACCCUUAUAGAGGCCAUACUUAAAAGUACCAAAGAUAAAAAGGACAGAGAAAACUUAAUAAAGGCUUUAAAUCUAAGUAAAGAUCUCCUACACAGUAUAGACGAGGCGGUAAACGAGUAUGAACUAGAACAACGACUCGAGGAAAUUCACACCAAGAUGGAUCAGAGGGCCGUGGCCAUAUACAAGGGCAAGAAAUUCAAGAGAUCCGAUAUCAUAGCCAAUGGGAGAUGUCUUUUGCAUGAAGGAUCAGUCCAAUUGAAGAAUGCUCGUGGUAAAGUGACAGAUGCAAUAUUGGUGGUCCUCACCGACCUAAUCUUCUUCAUGCAGGAGGCAAACGGCAAAUACAACUUCUUUUCCCAGGACAGUAAGUCGAGUGUGAUUCCCCUGUUCCAACUGCUGGUCAGAGAGAAAGGGGACACACGGGCAGAUAGCCGCGGGAUUUACCUCAUCAGUCAAAACAAACAAAACCCAGAGAUGUACGAGUUUAUCUGCACCAACAAUAACUACCGUCGUAACUGGAUAGAGAUGUUACGACAAGCCACAGACAAUUGUCCUCAUGAGGAAGAAGAAGAGGUUCCUAAUGAGGAGGAUGAGGAACAGAGACGAGUGAUGGAGGCAAGGUCAGCCAAGGUCAAAGAGAUAAUAGAACAACUACACCAUAAAGAUCGUGAGAUUAAGAACUGCUGUGAUGUUAAAAACAAGUUGAUGAUGGAGCUACUGGAGAUGUACAGUUGGAGGGUAGAGAAGAAGGGUACAUCAUCAGAGGAAGACAGCACAGAACACAUGGACGCUCUCCAGACAGCAAUACAGGAAGUGUCAGCCACCGCGUCACGGCUCACCACCAUGUUACAGGGGUCAGGGUCACACCUGAGUCGACAUGUGAGUAGUGUUGGGGAGCAUGUUAGCUCAGGGUUUUCACUCACUCCCCUACCAAAGAGGGCAGAGACGUUUGCAGGUUUCGACAGCUCAUUUGAUGUCCCAAAAGGUUGUGUUCCAAAGAAAAAAUAUCUGUCUGACCUUCAGGACCUUGAAGGUCGAAGCGGAAGUCCUCAAAAUGUGGACAGCGACUCGGAGAUUUGUCAAGUUUCUGAACCCUCAGCAUAUGAAAGGACCAAUGAAGCUGACGAUUCCCUGGACAGUACACGACAAUACGACCAUUACAGUCACAGCGAUGCUGGAUCUCUGGGUGAUAUCUCUGGCUCCUCCACUCAAUCCAAUUUAAUCCACGGGGAAAAUCAUCUGGCCUCCAUCACACAACUGGCCCGCUCCCUUCACAGUAUAGUGCAUCUGACAGCCCAACAAGGUACUGCAGUGGAAACUCUCCGAGCUCAACUGGCCGAGGCCAAUGAGCGUAUCAACAAACUGUCAGCAGAGGUGCACGAACGUAAGGGUGGCUACAGGUACAACCAGCUAGAGGAACUCCGCAAUCUACAGGAAAUGGUAAGAAAGGAAAAACAAGCAUUCGAAAGAGAGAAGGAACGUGAAAGAAACUACGCUGAACAGGAGCGUCAGAAUCUGGAGGAGAUGAAACAAGCCAUUAAAUUAGAGGAGGAAAAAUUGGAGAGGGAACGUCGUGAGAUAGCGGCAGAAAUUCAGUCACAGAAGGAUGACCUCAGACAGGACAAGGAACGCUAUCAGGCCCAGAUAAUGUUAUGGGAAAGCCAGCUUCGGAAAGAUGGACAUUCUAGUGCCCCGGGUGUGACCCAGCUUAGUGGCUCGGAGUCUCAUGACACCCACUCGGACUUUGGUCAAGUUACCAAAAGAGACAAUUCGCCGAGCAAUGCUCAGGCAAACCAUAGACGAUCUGCGUCAGCAGAUUUUUGUCAAAUGAUUGAAAAUGACAUGGACAGACUUCGACAGGGUAAUGUGAAAACUACCCGUCGUGAAAUGGCAGCCAGCCGCUCUGAUUCGCGGGCUGGUUUGUCAUCUAGUGCUAGUAAAAAGAACCUGCCCGAACAUUUGUUAAGUGCUAAAAAUGAACAAAAGGUGUCUGGAAUAAAAGUGCAACAACAGAUUCCAACACGUAGCGGACUAGCUACAGGACAAGUGUCCUCUAGUAGCAUGAUGGGUAAAGGCAGCAGUGUACAGCAGGUCUUACCAUUCAAACUGGCUGCCAGUGGAAGUAACAGUUCAUUAAACAGUGGUGCCGCGGGACCCCAAAACAGUGCUAGUCAGGGACAAAAACCCUACAACUCACGGACUAACAUGAUGCCUAACAAGCAGUCAUCGUCAUCUUCUCUGUCCCGUAUUAUGAAGUUAGCAGAGCCCGGUUCUAGCAAGGGAAGGUCAUCCAGUCUGACCUCUGUCCCUAGUCUGUUGCUAGGUGACAAAAGUCACACACAUAAGUCAGCCUCUGUGGACUUCCCUAACUCUGGGGCUCCACAGGGGGCAGCUCCGGGCAAGACAGACCUGUCAUCUGAGAAGGCAGAUGAUGAAAUUUAUUGCUAGAAAUUUGGUUUUUCUUGUUAGAGGAUCAAGUAUUCCAGCAAUACUGAGGUUGUUAGAAAAGUUCCAAGCUUUUCUAGGAGUGACUGCAUUUCGCCAAUAAAAGCAGAGUCUUCUCAGAGGGCAUUUAGAGGUUACGACCUAUGAACUGUUGACCAAGGUUCAAGGUCAUGCAGAAGCUAAAAAUACUCAGGAUUUACAAGUAUCAAAGAAUAUGGUCUGUCUUAAUGAGCUUUGAACAAAAUCAACACCCAAAACAGUACAUGACCAAGAAAUUGUACAAGUCAUUGGUUACCAAAGAGGAGCUGUUUUGUUUUUUUCUUCUCAAUAUUUGGCACCAUGUCAUCUAAGAAGAUAUUUACCACCACGUAAUCCGCUGGGAAAUUAACAUCACGCAAAUCCAUCAAGGAAUUUGGCACUGAAUAAUCCACGAAAAACCAAAGGAGCUAGCACUCAACUGUGUUAGCAAAAGAUGAACACAUGCGUUCAAGGGCAUUGCACAUAUACCCAAAUAAGGACAUUUUACCCAUAUAGGGACAUUACCCAAUUAGAGAAUGCUGGACAUGACUCAUUGGGGAUUUGUUGAUUCAGGAAUUAAUGCUGAAUGGCAAAUUAUUUUUUGUUUCUGUCCUUAUUGCCUUGACCCAAACUAGGUCUUAUAUCCCUGUUUAUUUGUUGGUAAAUAAUGCUCCAUAAGUCUUUACUGGGUAUUUAUUUGGAUCAGUGUAUAGGAUCAUAGUUAAUCAUAUUUUAAAGAAAUAUUUAUGAUUUUGUUUGAUUUUAACAGAAAUUGGCAAAAAAAAAAACAAGUGAUCUCAUUUGAUAUAUUCACUAGCUGUUAUCUGUUCCUUAGUUUGUAUAUCACUGCUACAAUUCACCCGUGUUCUACACCUCAUUGAAGCUGGAAUUGAAGCCAUCUUAAGUAUUUCUGAAAUAUUGGGAAAAUCCUAAAAAGAGUCAAACUUUCUUUAUAAAAUUCUGUAAAAUGAUUUUGUGAGAAGACUUCUAAGUCUUGUAUAAAUUAUAAAGUUAAUUAUUUUCUAAUUUAUGUUAAUAUUUUAUGGAAAAAUAUUGGUAAAUAUUUGAUUACAGAUGCUGAACUUUUUUCCAUGUUAUAUCACCAUUAACCGUUAAGUGGAACUCUCUUCCUCAGCUUGACGGUGAAAGCGUAUGAUAUAAGUACAGACUGUAGUUUUAAAUGACUAUGUAAAUGUGCAAUAAGUCUACAGGUAUAUGCCUUGUUGACAUUUUAGCAUUUAAUUUUGAUUAAUUGGUGGAAUUAAUUGUUCUAAUAGAUUUGUCAUGUGUUCUAGCUAAACAAGUGAUAUUUUUAAACAUGUAGAAACAUUUCAUAAUUUAUAGUGUGACCUUAAUGUACAGCAUAACUUAAGGUCAAUAUCUCUGUAAUUGGUGAAAUUACUAUGCUAAAUUUAAGUUCACGUCAAAAUAGCUCACCAGGUAUAUUUUAGGUGGCUCACCAAGUACUACAGGUAGCUCACCAAAUAUGGUAGAGGAAGUUCACCAAGUAUCAUUUGGUUGGCUCACUCAAGUAUAGUUUGGUUGGCUCGUUCACGUAUGCUUCGGGUAGCUCACUAAGUGUGCUUCAGGUAGCUCACCAAGUGUAAGGUCAAAUUGUCUUGUAUAGAUUUACCAGAAGAUGGUCCUAGUAUAAUUGGAACUCUUCACUUAAGAAGGUGGAAUAGCUGUACUGUUAAAUUCCUCCUUAACUCUAUGCUUUCAGUGCAUUAUUUGGUGUUAUUUAACAGUACCUGCCUAUUUUUCCUGCUUGACUUGUUGUGUUGGGAGUCAGUUAAUUAAAGGCCUACCUGUCUCGGAGACUGACUUACCGGAACUCGACUUUUGUUUUACAGUGUUGUUGUCAUGUACAGGGCCAUUGCUGUACAUAUAAUGUAUGUUCAUAUUUACGGUCCGUAUUUGUACAUACGCAUACACAUGUAUUAAAACCUGAUUGGGACAAACUCACGGAAUGAACACCUGGCUAUACUAAGGGGAGAAUUUAGAGCUUUAGUCAUGCCACCCCUCAAAAGAGUCCCUGAAUGUCCAGGGAGGUAUUUAGGGGUGUAAUGCCUAAUCUGGCUGAUUUACUCUGAAGAGAAACAUUAUUUAUUCCUAUAUUUAACACACAUUCCCUAUUGACGAUAACAGAGGUUUUAUUUUUAUGUGUUUAAUUUUUUAUAGGAAAUUUAUUUGAUUGCAGCAAUAUUUCAUUUUUUUUUUUGGGUAACACACCUUUUUGACUCAAAAAAUACAUGUCGGUGAGCGUAAUAUGUACAUGCGUACCGUUAAUGUUAGAUUAGUCAUGGGUCUCAGUGGUUCAUUAGAUAUUGUAACGAUGUUGUUAUUUCAAUUCUUCCGAGAAUCAGAGUUUUUUGUUAAAUUUUUAUAUGAUGUAGGAAGUCAGUUCAGUGGAUUUUUACUGAAUGAAUGAGAAUUUGUUUAGACAACAGUUUCUACUCUCUCUAGAAAUGAUCCUUUUUCGUGACAGGUACGUGAGCUGUCUAUCACACUAGUCAGUGUGUUUAUCAAGCUAUUAUUGACUGAUGAGCAAAUUUUAAUGAAUAUGUAAAUUUCAAAUAUGAAUAUGCAUGUAAGAUGUAUCGUUAUAUAUAAUAAUAUGCAUGUUGAUCAUUAAGAUUAAGUUAAAGGUAUGUAUUGUUUAUUUGGGAGUCACCAGUUGAGAUAUGUGAUAGAUCUGGAAUUUAGUAUAGAGUGAUAUAAGUUUAUAGAUAAAAUAUAUAUAUCACACCUAUUACAAAGGUUAAAACUUAAAUUCAAAAAUACUUUUUUGAGUAGUAAAUUAUGUGUAAGUUAUUAAUAGUUUGUUCAGGUGCCAUGGAAACUGUUGAUCCUGGUUACGAGUAAGGUUCCAGUAAUGUUUGGAAUCUGUUUUGACGACUGUAAACAGGUACUGUUUGUGAUUUGGUCAUGUAUUAACCUGUGACAUAUCUGUUAUAGGGGAAAGGUUGUAACACCCUUUCCUUGUAUAUAGCGCGAUGUUAUUUUGUUCUUUCGAGGCCGAUGUGAACGGCUGCCAUGUUAUGUUCACACAUGGCCUGAGGAUUUCGAAGUCAUGUAAAUGUUUUACUUUUUUAUUGAUAAAUGAAGAAACACUGAAAAAAAUACAAUAUGGUUUUUAAUAAAGAUGAAAACAAUAUAA